AUGCAGAUAACGCAGCCUGGAGACGGGGACCCGGGAGGGGAGUCGAAGAGGUGGAAAAGCAGCGCGCUCCUGGUCACCGUCCGAGGGCGCGGCUGGGGCCCAUCCCCCGCGCGUCUCCCGGGCUGCGGGGCGCAGGGGGCUGCCGGCCGGGAGCGUCGCUCCAGGAACCCCCCCCCAUUCCCCCACCACACCCCGGCUGCCCCCUCCUGCCAGGCCCUGCUGGACCCAGCGCCGUCUUCUCCUCCCUGUCACCCGCAGUCGCCUGGGGCGGGGAUCGGUGCCCCCAAAGCGCAAAGCCUGACGCGCCCCCUCCCCGUCCCCCCAUCUCCCACCGCCCAGUCCCCGGCAGCGAUGAGACAGAGCGGCGCCUCCCAACCCCUGCUGAUCAACAUGUACCUGCCAGAUCCCGUCGGAGACGGUCUCUUCAAGGAAGGGAAAAGCCCGAGCUGGGGGCCGCUGAGCCCCGCGGUGCAGAAAGGCAGUGGUCAGAUCCAGCUGUGGCAGUUUCUGCUCGAGCUGCUGGCCGACCGCGCCAACGCCGGCUGCAUCGCGUGGGAGGGCGGCCACGGCGAGUUCAAGCUCACGGACCCGGACGAGGUGGCGCGGCGCUGGGGCGAGCGCAAGAGCAAGCCCAACAUGAACUACGACAAGCUCAGCCGCGCGCUGCGCUACUACUACGACAAGAACAUCAUGAGCAAGGUGCACGGCAAGCGCUACGCCUACCGCUUCGACUUCCAGGGCCUGGCGCAGGCCUGCCAGCCGCCGCCCGCGCACGCCCACGCUGCCGCCGCCGCCGCCGCCGCCCAGGACGGCGCGCUCUACAAGCUGCCCGCCGGGCUCGCGCCGCUGCCCUUCCCGGGCCUCUCCAAACUCAACCUCAUGGCCGCCUCGGCCGGAGUCGCGCCCGCCGGCUUCUCCUACUGGCCGGGCCCGAGCCCAGCCGCCGGCGCCACGGCAGCGCUCUACCCCAGCCCAGGCUUGCAGCCCCCGUCCGGGCCCUUCGGCGCCGUGGCCGCCGCCUCGCACUUGGGGGGUCAUUACCACUAGAGGGCGCGCCCCAGAGCCUGGCCCGCCGGGGGGCGCUCCCUAUACCCAGAUUUCACUCCCGACGGGGAAUCGCAGACCUCCUCGGCUUCCUUAAACUCCAGGAGGGCGACCGUGCCCCCCUCUUCAUUGGAUCUCCCUCUUUCCCUCCGCCUGACCUCGCACCCCUAGAAGCCCCCCUCUCCCUGCUGUGACCCCUUGCGUCCCAGGUCCAGAUCUUUUCCACUUUUUCUCUCCCCCACGAGCUGCCCCAGAGCGCGGCGCCUGGAGGUCUCCAGCCUCCGCUCUUCCCGGAACCCGAGCAGGUUUGGGGAAGCCCGCAGCGCCCCCUGACUCACGGCCCGCCUCCUCCUCCCGCACCCCGGCUAGAGAGCCCGGCCGCUCUGCUCCCGUUCGGCCCCAUUAAAACUCCCCAGCUCCCA